AAAAACCAGAAGGCAGAGAGAGAGAGAGAGAGCUACAACAACAUAUGUGAAAGAUCAACCAGUCAGUCGUAACUCGUAAUCAUGAUCACUAGAAUGAAGCUUCUCUUUGCUCUACUCAUCGUUUCUCUCACUUUAUCCUCUUCUCUUCGCCCUACCUUUGCCAGAGGCGGCCAACAUGCCCCUCUCCCUUCAGGCUUUGAAUAUAGUAGUUACGUGGGUUCUGCACGGCACUUGUUUGAGGAAAACCGGUCUUAUAUCAGUGAUGAAGUUGCUCAAGGUUACAUGACUAAUUCCGAUCUGGAGAAGGCCGUUAAGGCAUUCGGGCAAAGAUGUAGUAACAUUUCUAGGAUAUAUAGUAUUGGGAAGAGUGUGAAUGGCGUUCCCUUGUGGGUGAUAGAAAUUUCUGACAAGCCUGGGGAGGAAGAGGCUGAACCUGCAUUUAAGUACAUUGGGAAUGUCCAUGGAGAUGAACCUGUAGGCCGUGAGCUUCUAUUGUUUCUCGCAAAUUGGAUAUGUGACAAUUAUCUUGAGGAUCCCUUGGCUAGAACAAUUGUAGAGAAUGUUCACCUUCAUAUACUUCCAUCCAUGAAUCCUGAUGGAUUUUCACUUAGGAGGCGUGGUAAUGCAAAUAAUGUUGAUCUAAAUCGAGAUUUUCCAGAUCAGUUCUUUCUUAUAAAUGAGGAUGCGGAUGCACGGCAACCUGAAACCACAGCAAUUAUGAGUUGGUUGAGAGAGAUCCAUUUUACAGCAUCUGCCAGUUUGCAUGGGGGUGCACUUGUUGCAAAUUAUCCAUGGGAUGGCACUUUGGAUAAAAGGAGAACUUACUUUAGAUGUCCUGACGACGAGACAUUCCGGUUCAUGGCAAGUACAUAUAGUCGCUCUCACUAUAACAUGUCUUUGAGCAAGGAAUUUAAAGGAGGAAUUACGAAUGGAGCAUAUUGGUACCCUAUAUAUGGUGGCAUGCAAGACUGGAACUAUAUACAUGGUGGGUGUUUUGAAUUGACCUUGGAGAUAAGUGAUAAUAAAUGGCCUUCUGCUAAUGAGCUUCCUACUCUUUGGGAAUACAACAAAAUGAGCAUGCUCAAUCUUGUUGCGAGCCUUGUGAAGACAGGAGUUCAUGGAAGAAUCUUUUCAUCGGAGGGUGGAAGGCCACUCCGCGGCUCUAUUACUAUAAAGGGAAUAAAUCACACAGUCAAAGCAGGAAGAACGUUUGCUGAUUACCAUCGCUUGCUUGCUCCAGGAGGCCGAUAUGAAGUUAUGGCCAAUGUGGCUGGGUACAAAUCGAGAAACACAUGUAUCUGGUUGGAAGAAGCUGCAAUGACAUUGGAUUUUGUUCUUGAUCCAGAAGUCACACUCAACAAGGGGGGGAGUCUACCGCGAAGUGACUGUGAAUGCGACUGUGGCAAUACGAGCAAGCUUGAAUUUGUUGACUUUAUUUGGGGGUCACACCUGGGAGUUUUUGUGAUUUUGAUUGCUGUUGUAGGAUUUCUUUACCUUUUACUUCUUCGGAGAAGGAACAUCAACCUUUCAAAACAUAGACACCCUUAAUUAGGAGGGCCAAAAAUUGCGGGGGGGGGGGGGGGG